CAAUCUUGAGAUAAUACAAAAUUUUUAAUAUUUAUAAACGUUUUUAGUGCAGUCUAUGUUUUAAUACCAAUUACAUAAGUCGUGUUAUCUAAAGUGCAAAUUUUUAAUGUACUUUGUCAUGCUUCACCGAACUACCGCAUAUACAAUAUCUUACAUUAUUACACAGAUAUGAAUUAUGAUAAAAUUAUUUAAUUCAUAUGACAAUAGUUCAAAAACACUUGUAAUAUACUCGUUUCGUUUUAAAAUUUCACUCAUGUUAUUAGUGUUAAGAUAAUGGAUGUGGUAAAUGAAUUUUGUGAUCUCCUACAAACUCAUGCUAAUCGUGACAAGGUGGUAUCACUGACUAGUUACCUGCUGAAGUUAUGGGGAUCCACUACACAGCGCAAGGACCUGCUGACAGCAAGCGGUCGGCUGUCCGCCGCGCGCGCUACAAUGCGCCUCUUUGAUGAUGCAGCUGCAUUGAAGACUUGGCGCGCUUAUGGACUUGGAAAGCAGGAUGGACUAAUAUGGGGAACUCUGGGCGUGGCAAGCAGCGUAUUCUCACUGCUGUACUUGCAAGCGGAGAAAGCGAUGUUCCUUAUCGACACCGGCAUCAUAGUCGUCUCCAAGGACACAGACUUCAGGGUCAGGACCGCUCAUAAGUUGUUUUGGUCGCUUUCAGCAUUCGUCGGAUUUAUCAGAUCGAUCCGAGUCCUACAUGCAAAAGCGACUCAACUCAAAUCACCGGACCGGACAAAAUGCGCCCCAGCGCAGUACAAGCAGGCGUGCAUGACCUCCACCAAGCUGUUACUGGACGUAAUACACGCAGUGAGCUGGCUGCCGCCGGGCUGGCUGUGGGGCGGCACCCUCAGCGCGCAGCAAGCCAGCGCCGUCGGUUCGGCCUCCGCUGUAUUAGCACUUAUUAUACUUCACAAUGGAAAGAGACUUGCCUCUUCUAAAUAGUAAGCGUUUAAAAAGUGGGAACGAUUAUUGUGAUCGACUUGAAGUGUUGAUAUUCAUAUCUGGAGAGUAAUUUCUUCUUUACACUUCUACGCUGUGGCAUUUUUGAUUUUGUUUCAGAUUUUGUAUCUGUCACGCUGAUCUUUUUCUAAGUUAGCAGAGGUAAUGAUUUAUUUAAAAAAAAAAUCUGUUGUUUAAAUAUUAGUUUUAUAAUUAAUUACAUAACAUUACCGAUAUACCUAUAUAGAUGGAAAUGUACCGACAGGAGACCCCGUCGUUGUCAAGGAUCUACAGGGUCCAUUUAUUUUCUGUAAUUUCUUAAGACUUUACUCGUAUUAAGAUGAACACACACAUAUUCACGUUGUUAAAAUAUGGAGGAACCUCGAUGACGUAUAAACGAUAAAAAAAAAGACACAUAAUGCAUAGAGAACGUUAAAAAGAAAUAGAAAACUAAAUUACGACCCAAUGAUAAAAUUAAAAAAAAAGUGACGGUUUAAAAAAGUUUGUAAACAAGUCUGUUCGCCAUAUAGAUUAUUUCUAUUCUAUUCUAAAAUCCGCUAGUAUAUAAAAUGCUACACGUUGACUACUCUGUGAUUGAUUCUAUUUAAGAAACGCUACAAGAAAAUUUGCGUUUUGUUUGCAAUCGAUACGUAUAUAGAUAUUUGUUCACUUUAUCUAGAAUCUAGACUAGGAAACAGUAUAAAUCAUAAAACAGAUUGCUUUUCAACAUAGAUACCACUAUCUGAUAGUGGUAGUAUAACUAGUGAUAAGAUUAUGUAUAUUUGAUAUUAUUCCUCAUGGACUAUAUAUUUAUUUAUAUACUUUAUACUUGCAUUAGACGUAAUCAUAAUAUCAGAAAGGCUGUAACGACAGCACGUACUAUGUGAUUGUUUGCAGUAAAAUAUUUAAAUAUAAAUAAUAAUAAUAAUUUAUUUGUUGGAAACAUAGUUACAAAUAUGAUGUUACAGUUUUUUUUUUUUAAUUUUCAGUAUGUUUCACUAUAUUUAAUAGCAUACAAAUCUUUAUAGGUAGUAUUCAUUAAACGCAAUGAAUCUGUUACUUUAUUAUUAUUUUAAUAUAAUAAACAUGUCCUGAAAUUUUAAUAUUAUUUUAAAUUAAUCUUUAUAUAAAUAUUUGUGUCAAUAAAUUAUAUCUAAGCUGCUUAUCUUAAAAUCCAAAAUUAAAAUAUUAAAUAUAAUAAAUCGUAUAGAGUAUAACUGAAUUAUUUAUAAAUAAAUAUAUAUCUAGGGCAUUGAUAAUAGGUUCAGUGACGUGCCAAUACGUGGCCUUAAACUUUGAUAACAAAAUAUAAUAAUACACUGUUUAUAGUUCAAAUAUGUGUCGUGUUUUAAAGCAGUGAACUGUACGAGCCAAGUCGAAAUGAUUGUUAACUAUGUAAAUUUUCUGGAAUAUCUGAACCCAGUAUAUCUUAAGUACUAAUUAAUAAACAAAUAUCCAGCAGCAGUAUUUCCGAACCGAUACGACAACAUAACCUUCAAGAAAAGAAUAUAUUCUUUUUUAAAAGGCCGGCAGCACACCUGCAAUGCCGCUGGUGUUGUGGGUGAUCAUGGGCGGCGGUAGUCACUUACCAUCAGGUGAGCCGCAUGCUCGUUUGCCCCGUGUUGUAAAAAAAAAAAUAAAAAAAAUAUAUACACAUGUAGUCCCGUGUGGUCCUAGUACAGAAUAAGCCACCCCUUCCUUUAUCGUGAAUGUCGUAAAAGGCGAUUAAGGAAUCUUAACCACUUAAUGAGAGGGUAUUUCUGUGAAAUGAGGUCAACUGGCGCACGCACUAAAUUCGAACGAGCAUACAAUAAAUAUACACUAAACUCUAUGAAAUACAAACAGGCGAGAAGGUAUCGCUCCAGAUAAAAAUAUAAACAUAAUAUUUAUAAUUGGCGAGAGAUACUCGGAAUAGCGCAAAUCGGAACACAUUUGAUGCGCGAGAGGGUCUCGUUCGAGGUGCUUAAGUGGUUAAAUGUCGAAGGAUGGACAACAGCGUCCCUCUUAAAACAUCUCCAAAGCCUAACUGCGGUUGCCAAUCCGCCUGCUAAGCGUGGCAACAAUGUGCAAAACCCCCUAGGGGGAAGCUUAUGUUCGGCAAUAGGCAGUUAAAGGCUGGUAUGAUGAUACACGUGUAGGUACUGUCAUACCAAAUUGGUGCUUUAUUUAUAGAGGUCGUCGAAUUAAUUUGAAUUAAGUAGGUAUAAAUAAAUAUCAUAUCAGAAUCAUAUCAGACGUUAAUUGUCCACUGUUUAACAUACACCUUCCUCAUAAUGGGGGGGGGGGGGGGGGGGGAUGCCAAUAGUUUCCACGUUUGACAGACAAGUUGGUAACUACAGUUAAGCUUUGGUGAUGUUUUAAGAGAAAACAUCACCAAAGAGGAACGCUGCUGUUACCCUCGAUCAUUAAGUUCCCUUAGUCGUCUCUUACGACAGUCACGAAAAAGGAAGGGGAAAUAAAUAAGUAUACAUAAGCAAAAUUUGGUUGAACUGUCCUUACAUUGGUCACUGUUGUGGUGUCCCGAAUGGGAUGCUUCAGCGGUGACUAAAGUUUAUUAUUUCUUGUUCUUUUAUUUAUUUAUUUAUUUUAUUGUAAGAUGUUCUAACAUUAGGUUAAGGUUAUGUUACUAACAAUGUAAGCCUUUGUAGCCCGUAAUAAUAAAGAUUAUUGUUAUUUUAAUUUAUACUAAGUUAUUACGUAAGUAAGUCUUACAAGAAAAGCAUUCAGCCUCUAUUUUGUGAUGGCUUUGUUUUCAUACAUGUGGAUAUAUUUCGAGCAAACUUUGUUUAAAUUUAGAACUUCUUUGGUUAUGGCGUGCAUCUGUUACUUAUAUUCAAUCAAAUAACCAAUCUCCAAUCGACGAAGCAAAUUUGUUAAAUAUUUAGAAAUGGCUAGAGUGGAUAUUUUACUAUUGGGAGUGAUUGUUUCAGAUACUAAUGAAGAUUAAAUUUCCUGAUACUAUCAGCAUUAUGGCAGUAUUACAGGGAGAUUUCUUCAUUGCCCUACUAGGUAUCGGGCACAUAGCGCUAUGGCAUUACUUUAGUACCAUUUACAUCACCAAUAGUACUAUGCAUUAGUGUCAUAGUAUAAAAAAGUAUUAUUAACUUAUAAUAAAUAAAAUUUUUAUUAUCUAAUAAAAUUUUCCCUGUUAUUUAUUUCUUGAUUUUUUAUUUUUGUUAUUUUAUUGUAAUUUUUAACAAUACAUAGUAUAUAUCUAACAUUAUGUAUAGCUAAGUUUAUUAUUUUUCUACUAGUCAUAUCUAUAAGGAGUACACUAAGUAUAUAUUGUAUUAAAUAAAACAUCUUUUCGAAGCAA